UUCAUUCAGAUUUGUCAAUGUCAUCCAUAGGUUUUGGUCAAAGCUAGGGUAAACACUAAACAGUUUCUGCAUUACAACUACAACAUUUAAUUUAUAUAAAAUCUUAUUAAAUUUGCAGGAUACAUAUAAAAUAAGUUAGAGAAAUCGUACCACACUUACUUAAAACACAUGAUAACCUAUAAAUAAAACAAUUAUGUGCACAGAGAGAUAUCUAAAGUAACAUUAAAGACAUUAAAAGUUUGAUUUAUAUAAUCAGAUCUAAAUAAGUACCAUUCUGAUGUACGUAAACCUUUACUUUUAUUAUAAGCGGUAACACUAUCCAAAUGCCCAAAUGUUCAUUGAAAAACCGACUACUGCAACUACGGCUGAGCACUUGUGUAACAACAGUACUAUGUUUAGUGGCAAUUAUAAAUUUCUUUUCAUUCUACGGAAAAUACAAUUACUCUCAUAUAAAUCCACAAGACAUACCCAAUCAAUUGUAUAAAGAAAUAGCUUCAAACAUAGUUUUGAAAAAGUCGAAACCAGACUGUGAGUUUGAGAAUAUUUUGAAAAGUACAAAAACUACAGACAGCUGGGAUGCGCCGAAGAAGAAUGAAAACUUCAAAGCCAACAAUAUUGUUAACGGUAGCUAUGUUCCUGAAGAAUGCAACCCAAUGUUCAGUGUGGCCGUGAUAGUUACAUACAGGAACAGACAAAAACACCUGGAUGUCUUUCUACCAUACAUGCACAACUUUUUGAGGAAGCAACAAUUGCAUUAUAAAAUAUACUUAAUUGAACAAGAAGAUAAAAAACCAUGGAACAAAGGCUUGCUUUACAAUAUCGGUGCCAAAAGGGCCAUAGCCGAAAAAUUCCCCUGCCUCAUAUUGCACGAUGUGGAUCUUCUACCAUUAGAUGAAAGCAAUCUCUAUGCCUGCCUGAACAACCCGCGACACAUGAGCGCCAGCAUAGACAAGUUCAGAUACGUCCUGACUUACGAUUAUCUAGUCGGUGGAGUGUUGGCGAUAACGGCGGACCAGUUCGUGAAGGUUAAUGGGUUUUCUAACAGAUUCGAAGGAUGGGGCGGAGAAGAUGAUGACUUUUACGAAAGACUGUCUGCGCACGGAUUCAACGUUGUGAGGUUCCCACCUCGCAUGUCGCGAUAUACCAUGUUGGUUCACCCUCAGGAGCCAAAGAACUCGAGAAGACAUCAAAUUAUGGCCGAAAAUCUCCAUACGAAAAGUCACGACGGCUACGACUCCGUGCACUACCAGACUGUAGACGAAAGACAACAGAAACUGUUCACCCAACUGCGAGUCAAGUUAUGAUAAUAGUUUUACAUAAUCGUAAAUAGAUAAAUAAGUUAAUGCGCGCACGAAGUGGCGGGAAUACAUUCAACUUUAAAAUAAAUAUGUAACGGGGUUCGUGGUGAUGCGUAACGCGAAAUCCUUAAAAGGGGCGCAAAUCAAUAAUUACUUUUUUUUCCUACCUAUGCUGAUAGCCUUGAGACGCUAUUUCAGCUUCGCCUUGUGCAAAAUGCACAAAUGUGGUAAAAUGACACAAAGCUGCUGGACGUAACUUCUCGGGAUCCUCCAAAAAGUCCACUGAAAAAAUCUCUGUAAAUGAUCACCAUUUUACUGAGAUUAUAUGUCAUCCCAUAUCAUAUCAUCUCAUUUCAUUUUAUUACAUUCCAGUUGAUUAAUGUCUCAAAUUAAUCAUCUUCAUUUCUUUUCACUCCUUAAUAUCAUUUUUUUAUAAAAAUAAGAAUAUAAAUUAAAACAUGACAGUGAGACAUCAAGACAUGACCUAAAGGUCCUAGUUACCAGGUCAUAAAAUCACUUUAAAAAAAAGCAGUUUGGUUGUAGUGCGGGGUCAAUGCCCCCUUGACACGUGCGAUGCGCGCGAACUGCCCCGCUUGCAAUACGACCGACGUAACUUGGCGAGUCCGAACUUCGCGCAGAAGGCUGCGCACAAACGUUUUUAGGAACCAAAUGGUGGUAUGAGCAACGUGCGCGGGGCGGAGGUCUAGGCUAGGGAUUGACUCUAUGUAAACUCAAUCGUCCCUUUAUUCAAUCAAAUAUCGCAAUCGAUUUUUAUCGAUUUGGAAUUUAUUGAUUUUUGUUUAUAUGAUAUACUGAAUCAAAUAGAUUUACAAACAUAUUAAAUGUUUAAACGAGAUUUCGACUUUAUAUAAAAAAAAAACGAAUAACAUUUUAUUUUCUUGGUUGAAAGACAUGAUUUAGUUAAAUAUUAGUUAGUUAUAUACGACUACUACAAUAGGGACUGUUUGUGAAUAUUUUAAACCUCUUAAAAAAUGGAACAUAAAUAUAUAUUUUUAUUUCAAUUUCAACCAUUUUGAAAAUUAAUCGAUUAAACAAUAUCCUCAGACACGCAUAUUGUACAUCCCUUUUUCUUGACAUCGUUUAUAUUCGUGCAUAUUCGGUAAUUCUCGGCAUGCGGUAAUGCAUCUCAGUUACACGUUAGCAUUGGUGUCGUGUUCGUGUCGCUAUCUCUGUCUUGAGUACGGGCGGUUACAAAAGGUUUCAUUGAUCGUUGUUAUUUGUUAUUAUUUUACUGUUAAGUUUUGUUUAGUGUUAAGUUUUUUGUUUAGUUUUAAGUUUGUUUUAGUAUAAAGUGUCCCUCGGUAUUUAUAUUAUUUCGCAACAAAGAUGCCACCAAAGCAUAAUAGUGUUUUAAAUCGUCAGGCGAGAAAAAAUAUUUUUGAUUUAACUCAGUAUUUUAAAAAAAGAAAAAGAAGAAGGCGUAAAAGACGUUGACAAAGUUUUUUUAAAAGUUGCUAGCGCAACUGGUGUGUCGCAACGCACAGUACAGCGGAUCGCAACUGAAGGCAAUAUUUCGGGCUUACUUUCGGUAUUCCGCACGCCUGGCAAGAAAAGGUCUAAAUCAAAGCCUAUUACUGAUAUUGACAAUUUUGACCAAGGUGUAAUUAAAAGAUGCAUACACAAGUUCCACCAUACCGAAAAAGAAAUGCCAACAAUAAAUAAAUUAUUAGCGAAACUCAAACAAGACGUGAAUUUUCAAGGAGCUAAAACGAGCUUACAGGCUAUUGUUAAAAACUUGGGUUUCAAGUGGCGAAAGACCGAAACCAAUAGAAAGAUCCUUAUAGAGAAGACCGACAUUCGCCUAAAGAGGAUAUUGUACUUUAAAGCAAUAAAAAAAUACAGGCAUGAAGGGCGACCAAUCGUAUACACUGACGAGUCUUAUGCCCACUCAUCUCAUACAAAAAGUAAGGCAUGGUCAGAUGGUUCCGCUAAAGGACUAAAGUGUCCUAUAUCAAAAGGUCAGAGGAUAGUUAUGUUGCACGCUGGAUCAGAAGCAGGAUUUGUUCCGAAUACCCUGCUGAUGUUCAAAUCUGGGAACAAAACUGGAGACUAUCAUGAUGACAUGAAUUUUUCAAACUAUGAGAAAUGGUUACGGACUAAAUUGAUUCCAAAUUUGAGCCCUAACUCGGUGGUUGUUAUCGAUAACGCUCCAUACCACAACAACAUUUUGAAUCCUGCCCCUACAUCCAAUGACAAGAAAGCAAAAAUGGAAUCGUGGUUAGCAGAAAAGGGUAUACCAUAUGAAAAAGACAUGCGUAAACCGCGACUUUAUGAUUUAAUAAAAAAAAACAAAGACGGGCAUAAACAAUACGUGAUAGACGAAAUGUUUAAAAAAUACAACCAUGAUUCGAUUACCGCCUUAUCAUCCAGAUUUAAACCCCAUCGAGAUGGCGUGGGCUGCUAUUAAAGGGCACGUAGCGGCUAAAAACGUCGGCUGGAACAUAACCCGGACAAUGGAGCUCAUCCAAGAAAAAGUAAAUUUAAUGGGUCAGGAACAAGGGAGUGCUCUAUGCAGAAAAGUGCAAAAGGUCGAAGAUGAAUAUACGCAGAGCGAUCAUAUUAUUGACGAAAUGACGGAACAAUUCAUCAUUAAUACAGGUUCAGACUCAGAAAAUGAAUCUGAAAGUGAGAGCGACGACAAUUACGAUGACGAACCUAUAUGCCUAGUACCUCACAAAGGACGCAAGAGGCAGAUGACUUUAUGUUAGGCAUUUCCACCUUCAGCGAUAGUGAUAGUGAAUAGCAAAACGUUUGACUGUAAAUACUAUUCCGUGUGAUUGUGAUGAAAAUCUACUACUAUCGAAAGGUGAGUGAAUCCUUAAUUUAUUACGUUAUUUUUAUAGAUUUGUGUCUCAUAGCGUUAUGAUAUUCAUUUUAUUUGUACUUGGUCCCUGUAUAAGGAAAUUUUAACUCGUAUUUUAAUUUUAAAAAAUGAAUGCCAUUAUCACUUUUUUUACGAGUGUACAUGCGCGAAAGUUCACCUGCGGCUAUAUUCAGGCUCGCCAAGUUACGUCGGUCGUAUUGUACAUUGCGCAGUUCCGCCGUAUGAACGAGCAUUUUAAUGCUUAGUUUAUGAAACAGUACCGUUUCCCAGACACUGGGCGAUUAACAAGGUACCAUUAUUGAAACGUGAUAAACCCAUUAAGGUAUGAUAAUAAAGCCACUCACAUAACUAGUGUUUCCCAUUUGAGAUUGCUAUCGACUAGUGUUGCAGUUAAUCGAAAUUGUCUCGCAUUCAUUAAUCAAAAUAUAAAUUAUGAAUUUAUUUUCAAUUUUUACAAAUAUGUUAUUGUACCUAUAUCAUUUAUUUUCAGUUGAUAUUAAGAUGAUAAAAGCACCUUAUUGAUGCUAAAAAAAAAUUAUACUGAUGUACAUACUUAAUCAAAUUUACUUACAUUACUUGUGGUACGACUACAUUGCUUUAUUAUUUUUAACAUAAAACCAUAUUAAAUUUGUGAACAUGAAAUGAGAUAUAUUUAUUCUUGUGAAAUUUGAGGCUACAAUCAUUUGCGUAAUUAAUACUUUCCAAUGCCAACAGCUUUAAAUAUAGUCACCUCUAGUAGUAUUUUAUAGAGGAAUAGAGGAGUUGCAAAAAUUAACCCAAAAAUACGUGGCGAAGUCAUCGUGACCUGCAGGAUAACACGCCCGGUGCGUUUGUGCCGAGCGAUGCGACGGAGUCGGUGUUCGAAUCCCGCAUAUAUAAUUAUGCAUACCAUGCACCCCACGCUUUUUUUACAAUAAAAUCUUUUUUUCUUACAUUAUUUUUAAUUCAAAUUUAUUAAAAUUUAUUUUCUAUAUUGGUAAUUUAUUUUAAACUAUUAUUUAAUUUUAAUUUUUUCAUUAUUUUUUUUUAUUUUUUUUUUUAUUUUUUUUUAGUAUUGAAUUGUCAUCGGUCCUUAAUAAGUAUACCAAAUUUCUAGUUAAUUCGACGUUUUGAAGGGGGUCAAAAUCAUGUUCAAAGAUUCCAUAACAUACUAUAAUACAUACGUCGGAAGCUAAUAAAAGCAUAUUAAAAUGUUCACGAGUGACCACCACAAGGAAGAAAUAACAUCAUGUAAAAAAUCAAACCUGCAAAAUUAUAAUUUGCAUAGUUACUUGUGGUAAGACGUCUUGUAAGCCUGCACGGGUAGGUACCACCGCCCUGCCUAUUUCUGCCGUAAAGUAGUCAGUUUGAAGGGCGGGGCAGCCGUUGUAACUAUAUAAGACCUUAGAACUUAUAUCUCAUGGUGGGUGGCAGCAUUUACGUUGUAGAUGUCUAUGGGCUCCAGUAACCACUUAACAUCAGGUGGGCUGUGAGCUCGUCCACCAAACUAAGCAAUAAAAAUAAAAAUAAAAAAAUACUAGAGACCGAAACUUUUUGUUUGUAUUUCUGUUGUAUACGUUCAUUAUUCAAAUCCUUUAUAGUAAAUUGUUCGAUUAAAUAUUAUUAAAAAUCUUAUUAAUUAUACAAUAUUUCAAAAUACAUUAUAAAUUAUUAUUUAUUAUAACACGGAUCAAUGUAUUUGCUUGCCGCUGACGGCGGUAUCCGCGUCGAAUCAGCCGACCUUGUUUUGUCGUUUAUAAUGUAAAUUAUAAAUUAAAGACAAUAGAAAAGUGAAAAGAGAUUACAUAUUACAAUUUAAACUGAUUCUGUUAGAUUUUACUCUAAGUCCAAAUAUUACAGAAGAUAAAUCUUGUACCGUUAUAAGAUAAGAUAUAUGAUGCUUCAAUGCACCUAUUUUUUUAUAAAUACAAGAAAAAUGCCUUAUGACAUUUUUUUUUUAAUAAAACGUAAUUUUUUAAUGUAA